UAAUGCUGUAUUUUUUUCAUGUCAUCGAAAGUGAAGAUCCUUCAACACGCAGGAAAGUCAGCCAAAAUGCAGCAAACAUCAACGCCGGACCCCGUAGAUGAAGAGCAUGUUUCAUAUAGUGACGAUUAUUAUGUUAGGUCUUACAUAUGUAACUUCUGCAACAAAGGUUUUUCUAAUGCACAAGCUCUUGGAGGACAUAUGAACAUUCAUCGAAAAGACAGAGCAAAACUUCGUCAAUCACCAUCAUCUCAUAACGAUUUAAGAUCUCUAAAUUCGAAACACGAAAAUUCAGGUUAUCCUUGCGCUUCCACAGAGCCAGAAGUAUGUACAUAUAGACCUAAUAGUGACUUACUUCUUAGUACAAGAAGUGAAUUUAAUGAUGUUAGUGGUGAAAGAGAGGCUCUUCCUUUAUUUGUUGAUAGUCCUUCGAUGAGCAAGCAAGAUAGUAGUGAUCACUUUAAGGUUAACAAGGAUGAUUCUGGCGUAGACCUUGAACUUCGACUAGGAAGUGGUGCAAGAUCUCAAAAGUGAUUCGUUUCAAUUAAGCCUCCUAGGCAAUGGAUCAAGAAGGUCAGUAGUUCCAUACAUUUUCUAUAUGUUUGUGUAUUUAGUUUAUUGUUGUGAGUUGUGACAAGAUAAAAAUAUAAAGUCUCCAAAAAUUAUGUUGUAAUUAUAAAUAAAGGUCUAUGCAUUGGCUUAUACUAGAUUUUGAAGUCCGUCCGUUUUUUUAAUUUGGUAUAUAUUCAUGUCAUAGUUGUGUGAUAAUAAAUAAGACAAAUUAUAUAUUUAUUUAGACAUGUAUUUUUAGUAAUAUGAUUAUAUUCUUAUUUAAUGAUAAUUAUUUUAAUACAAUCUCAACUCUACUCAAUUAUAACAUGAUGGUGUAUAUGUUUGUAGUAUAUAUGUAGUAAAAGUUAUAAUACUCAAUUAAAUUAUUAAUUUAUAGAUAAUUCAUUGAAAAUCAAACUCUAAUUUCUCUGAAUAAUUCUAAAAGUCCU